GCAGACAGAUGGGAGGAGAUCUCAGGAGAUAUCUGGUCCUAAUGCAAGACUGAACUGUGAAUUCCAUCCCGGCUCAACAGAAACCUAGCCAAGCUCCCCGGUUCAUCUUAGACAGCAGCAGCAACCCUAGAUGCUGGGCAGCUGUGGGGCAGGUAGGCUUGGUCAAGGUCUGGUCAGCUAGGCAGGGACAAGGAGCACUGGGACACGAGGGUGCCCAGGCAUUCUUCUCUUUCUUUAGAUUUCUUGACUCAGCCUGUCUCCAGCUCAUGUAGGGGAGGACAGAAAGGAAGAGAAGGAGGAGGGGAGCAACUGGGAGCCAGCCAUUCUGCAAGGGAGCCGGGAGGGCUCCUUCCCUCCAAGGGUGUGUGUGUGUGUGUGUGUGUGUGUGUGUGUGUGAGAGAGAGAGAGAGAGAGAGAGAGAGAGAGAGAGAGAGAGAGAGAGAAUCGGUGGGAUUUCCUCCUCAGAAGCAGUCUGUUUCCUAAGAGAAAGAAGAGAGAAAGGAGAAAGAAUGGGAGGAGAAAAUUGGAGGUGGGAGAGACAGAAGGGGGAGGGGGCAGAAAGUGAGAGCACACUGGAGAUUGAGCACAGAGGCAGAGAGAGGGAGACAGAGAGAAAGCCACAGAGCAGGAGGGUGUGCAGAGCAGAGCCAGAGCUUAGAGGGACCCAGUGAGGGCGGGUGCAGGCAGAGGCAAAACCAGGGACCGCGGGCGCCUGCGACCCUGGAUUCCAGGGCACUACAGGAGUUCAGAGGAGAACCGGGAUUCUGGCCAAGAGGUGGCGCGGGGCUAGGGGUGAGCACUCGCCCAGGUGCUCACCGGUGAGGUGACCCCAGACUCCGAGUGUUUCGUGCCCGGGUGCUCGCCUGGGAGGUGGCGCGGGGUUCCGGGUGGCUGCGUGCCCAGGCGCUGGCCCAGGGGCUGGCGCAGGGUUCUGGGUUGCUGGAUACCCUCUCCGUAGCCAUGGCGACAGGGUCCAGGGGUCGCUGGGCUGCCGCGUCGCCGAGGGGCUGAGUCGGCAGCGGGCUGCGCCAUGGCGGCGCGGGGUUGCGGGCCCUGAGCGCCAGCAGCGGGCGCGCACCAUGAACUCGUGGGACGCGGGCCUGGCGGGGCUGCUGGUGGGCACAAUCGGCGUGUCGCUGCUGUCCAACGGGCUGGUGCUGCUCUGCCUCCUGCACAGCGCUGACAUCCGCCGCCAGGCGCCGGCGCUCUUCACUCUCAACCUCACGUGUGGCAACCUGCUGUGUACCGUGGUCAACAUGCCACUAACACUGGCCGGCGUCGUGGCACAACGGCAGCCGGCCGGGGACCGCCUGUGCCGCCUGGCCGCCUUCCUCGACACCUUUCUGGCCGCCAACUCCAUGCUCAGUAUGGCCGCGCUCAGCAUCGACCGCUGGGUGGCUGUGGUCUUCCCGCUGAGCUACCGUGCCAAGAUGCGCCUCCGAGAUGCCGCCUUCAUGGUGGCCUACACGUGGCUGCACGCGCUCACCUUCCCGGCCACCGCGCUCGCCCUGUCCUGGCUCGGCUUCCACCAGCUGUAUGCCUCGUGCACGCUGUGCAGCCGGCGGCCCGACGAGCGCCUGCGCUUUGCUGUCUUCACCAGCGCCUUCCAUGCGCUUAGCUUCCUGCUCUCCUUCAUCGUGCUCUGCUUCACGUACCUCAAGGUGCUCAAGGUGGCCCGUUUCCACUGCAAGCGCAUCGACGUGAUCACCAUGCAGACGCUCGUGCUGUUAGUGGACAUCCAUCCCAGUGUGAGGGAACGAUGUCUGGAGGAACAGAAGCGGAGGCGACAGCGUGCCACCAAGAAGAUCAGCACCUUCAUAGGGACCUUCCUCGUGUGCUUUGCACCCUAUGUGAUUACCAGGCUGGUGGAACUCUUCUCCACAGCACCCAUUGACUCACACUGGGGUGUGCUGUCCAAGUGCUUGGCCUACAGCAAGGCUGCUUCUGACCCCUUCGUGUACUCCUUGCUGCGACACCAAUACCGCAGGAGCUGCAAGGAGCUUCUGAACAGGAUCUUCAACAGACGCUCCAUUCACUCUGUGGGCCUCACAGGUGACUCGCACAGCCAGAACAUUCUGCCAGUGUCGGAGUGAAGGACAGCUCUCCUGUUGGGGAGUUCAGAAUGAGGUGGCCAGAGCAGAGGGAGGUGGUCUGGGACUCCUGGGUGGACAGUAACUGCCACCAUUGUCUGACGAUUGACGUGACGCUGAUGUCUGAGCAAGAUCUGGGGCCUGCUUCUUGGCUCUUCCAGGGUAAGAUGUCGGACUGUCCCUAUUUGUCACCAAAGGAUGGCCAUAGGCCACACCCUGGCCUUUCUUUCGGAGGGUGUGUUUUGAGUGCUUAGACUCACCAAAGGCCUCCCAGAGGAUGGUAGGCCAGUUUGUGUCAAGGACACAGAGUGCUGGUGGCAGGUGUGGGCCAUGAUACCCACCUGCUUGCUAACUACUGGUCAUGGGGUUCUAUGCUCCAAGGGACAUUUUCGUGAUGCUGAAAGUGAGGCUGUCUGUGGCCUUCUGGCCCCAGAUCUAAUAUGGCAUCUCUUUUCCCCUUGGUAGUGUUUGCUGCUGUAACCCAAAUAUUAUCCAGCUGGUGCCAACUACAUUAUGGUCAGCUGAUACCCUUGGGCCCUGCACUCAAUGGGAACAUGUUUAACAGCCGGUUUGCUGCCUACCAGUCAUCUUCAGAAUGAUAAAUUGGAUUCAACUUUU